AGCGCAGACUGUCAUUAUCUCAACGUAUUUCUAGGAACAGCAGCAACACCAAUCGAAGCGCACUGUUUCUGUGAUCACUUUGAUCGAGCACGGGCAAACGUCCCUGGACAGCGCAUAGGAGUGUCUGUACCGCUUCUCUGUAUAUACUCAACUUCACUUUGAUACGACUCAUUGGCUUGCUGCGAUGCCUUUCGAAACCCUAAUGGCCGCUGGGAUGGAGCACACCUUUUCUCUGAACCCAGGAGUGAUCGAUCUUCGACGGAGAUCCAAACAUGGCUGUGUCGACUGCAAAGCGGCCAAAGUUCGAUGCGAUGAAGUCCGCCCGUCCUGCGGUACAUGUACUCGUCGAAAACGUGUUUGUCGAGGGUAUGCCCAUAACGCAAACGCAAAGGUCCUUCCAAGGCAAGAUCAGCACAAAUCUCCACCACGGUCCCCUAGGAACGUUACGAUCAAGACAAGCUCUGACCCUCUGACACCAACAUCACCAACAAUGGACUCGAUUACGGAGGAAGACGAUACGCGGCAGUCCCCCUGCUCAAACAUAAUCGAUGAUACGACCACAAGUCUCGGUCACGUGCAAGAACAGCUAUUUGAUUCACCAAUAUCGACUGAUCUUAUGGUCCAUUCAUCCUCACGCGCCUUGGAUGCGUCCCUACGUCGCAUCCCCAAAUCGCUCCCCUCGAUCCCCGUGGGCACCAUACCUGAAGCGGACUGUUCAACGAUCAACGUGUACUUCAGGAGGCAUCCUGUUGAGCUUGUGAUAAGCUCAGAAUUUGUCGACGAGAUGAACGCUGUCGUUCUUAUGGUACUUCAAGACAGCCCUUCGGCUAUUGGCGACGCUCUCUAUGGGAUCGGGCGUGUCUACAUGGACCAAGAUAGCCAAAGCACCAAAUUACCACUUGCUCUAAACAGGCGGGCGAGAACCCUGGCUCGGUUGAGAGUGAAGGACCCGAACCGUGAACUGGAGCAGAUGCUCGUGAUGAUGUUAGCAUUGAGUGGGAUGGAGCUUAUCGACACGAAAUGCAGGCCUCACGAACGCACAUUCCCAAUUAUCGUUGGCUACGCAGCAUCAAUAAUCAACAAAUACCUCGGGUCAGGUCUGGUUCUGAGCUCGCUCGCCAAGUACUUCAUUCGUACCUUGGCGCGGCAAGACAUGAUGAUAUCGCUGAGUCAGUUGCGUCGCAAUGCCAUCAGAACGGACACCUGGCUCGACGACACUGCGAAGCAUAACGCCGAUCGAUUCAUGGGAUAUACAGCAACGCUGAUGCCGCUUCUUGAGGAGUUAUGUGCUCUAGCGGAAGACGUUCACCAGAGCUUAGGUAUCACUCGUGGGAAAGGGUAUGAGUUGGGGAACGCCACAUCGAUUCCUUUGUCCUUGACAACGAUUUCAAUGAUUUCGCAAAGGGCAAUGAACUUACAGUUUCGACUCCGAUCUUGGCGUCCAAUUUUCAGUCAGGAGAUAUCAGCAAGGACUUCAAGGCGGCUGUUAGCACAGGCCUAUGCAACCCGCGCUGCUGCUUCACUUAUGCUGCAUCGACUAGUCAAUCCUGCCGGAAGCUCGGAAGAGAGCGAUAGAGAAGCUUUUGAGAUGGCUUGUGAGAUUAUGGCCCAUCUGAAUGGACAACCUGAGGACUUGCGGUUGUCGACCUUCCCUGCGCUGAUUGCGAGUUGCGAGUUGGAGAGUGAAGAAGACCGGGCUGUUGCAGUUGAGAUCUUUGAGGGUAUUUAUAAUGCUCGAAAGACUGGUACAUCACUUCAGACGAAGGACUUCGUCGUCGACAGGGUAUGGAAAGCAAGGGAUGCAGGCGAGGACUGGGAUUGGAUGGUCCUGAGUCAAAAGUACCCUGGUGAAUGUGUACCGAUAUAGCACGAAGUGUAGAGUACGGUAAAACUGUGAGCGCUGAGUACCGUGAGCACUGAGUUCCGUUGCAUGAUAUGAUAUGUACUUUUAAAGCCUCAGAACGUGCUGCCGAGAAGCCUUCGAGGAGCACUCGUCACUGUCAAUAC